GUGAAAAAACGGGUUUUUCGCCUGUUACUAGGAAACAUUAAAAUUUCUAUAUCUCGAUCAAAUCUCAUGUUGUGUCAAGGAAUCUUUCAGGAAAGACUGGAAAAGGUUUUUCAGUAGGAUUUUGGAAAACCUUAAAAGAAUGCCCGGCUGGAAUUCACCUUUUUCGUCUUCGAUUAUGCUUUAUGAGCUGUCCUGAGCAGUUCCUGAAAAUUUCCUCGAGUCAGCAUGAGAUCUGAUCGAGAUAUAGAAAUUUUAAUGUUUCCUAGUAACAGGCGAAAAACCGUUUUUUCACAAAAAUGCCUCUGGCGAAGUUAUAUUCAUUUCUAUACAAAGACAAUGUUGCCACUAUGCUCACCCUAGUCGAUUACCUAUAUUCCAUGGCAUUUCGAGAUUCGCAGAGAUGCCUGCUCGGAGAUAGACACGUGCUCGGGGAAAGCGAGCUCUAUCCGAACGAAGAUAGCUGGAGAGCCGGGACUUGCAUAAUUUUGUAGAGUAACGUCCGAACUAUCUGCGCACGCAAAAGAAUCACUAACAUUAUAUGUUAGUUUUCUGAGAACGGAGCUGGUUUUCCAAAGAUCCUCUGGAAACCCGAUCUUUGAAGUGUUUUCAAAAGUUGUUUUCGCUUGCGAAAAGUUCUUCUCAAGUCUUGGCUAUCGAAUAGCCAAAAUCACAGGUCUCUAUCUCAUUCCUAUCAAAAUUUAUUCAAAAAAUGCCCACCGACACUGUAUUUUGGAAUGGAUAGUAGUUAUUGGAAUUAUUAGGUUGAGGAAAAAGUUCGUGCGCCGUGUUAAAAUAAUGAUUUUAAUAAUAGCUAGAAUAAAUUUGAAAAAAGAUUUGAAUAGCUGAAAGAAUUUCCGAUCUCAGGUAACCCUACAAAAGGCCCUAAGGGCGUAUCUUCUUGUUUUUCCGUUAGUUUUGCUGCUAUGGGGCUUUCCGUAAAUUGAUUCUUGCUCUGUGAGAAAAUGUCGUAAACAGCUCGGAGACGUCUCAAUUUCUUCAGAAAUGUUUGCUCUACACGAUGGACUUAUUUGCAAAGAAUUGCUGGAUUGAACUCUGGGACUUGGUUUUCUGAGAUUUAAGUUCUCCAGAGACCCUGAUUUCAGGAGUUUUGAUGGAGCCUUUGUAUACACCACUUGAGAUCGGAAAUUCUUUCAGCUAUUCAAAUCUUUUUUCAAAUUUAUUCUAGCUAUUAUUAAAAUCAUUAUUUUAACACGGCACACGAACUUUUUCCUCAACCUAAUAGUAGCCACAUUGUUCUUACAUACAUGUAACAGUCAAGCUUAUCUAAUUUUCAUACUAUUUUAAGUUCUUCUUUGAAUUUAGAAAUCUUUAUUGUUUACAUGAAACCUUUUCCACAUAAACUACUGAAAAACACAAAAUCAAUUUUGCACGAAUAGACACUCAAACCCACGAACUACAGUUUACAGUAAACUACAAAACUCAAUUCAGUGUUUCUAGUUUAUAUAAUGAUUAAGGUAAUUAUCUUUUUCGAACUUAAUUAGAAUCUAGUCUUCAUAGUGGUUUAAUACCAUUCUUUUUUUACGAUUUCUAUUGCUACUGAGAAGAGUAAAAUUUCUCAGAAUAGCUUUUUUAUAUUUAAAAGACGGUUUCUAUUUCUUCAUAAACCUGAAAAAUUUUUAGGAGAGAAGCGAUUACUCUCUCCUCUCUGUACUAAUGCUAGAAUAGUGGUGUAUAAUCGCUGAAUGCACGUCGCUCCUUUACUAAAUAUGUUUUUUUACCCAUUCAAAUUUUACAAUUCCACUACUCUGAGCUAAUAUUUUAUAAUGAAUUGAUUGUGUGGAUAAGUUCGUUAGAUAUAGAAUAUUUUCAUCAAAUACUUAUGAAAGAUUGAGAUCUUUACUUUUUGGCUGUGUCGCAAAAUGUAUUAAAAUAUGUAGGGUGAAAGAGCAAACAUUUCUGUACAAAAUACGUGAUCGAAUAAUAGUUUACCACUAAAGUUAAUGGAAUGGCACGCAAAUGUUUUUGGUCCUGGUGCCAUCUCUAGCAUCGCCUCCCCCUAACAAGAUCCUGGCUAAGCUAUUUUCGUAGAAAACCGACUUAGGAAUCAAGGUAAUUAACUUUCAACAAUUAAGAUUUCCGAAUCUUUUUCCUUUUUUAUAUCCUUACUACUGUUACUAUACUAUAUUAAAGGGGGCAUUCAUUUGUAGUUAUGUUGAUGAGCAAGAAUCCAAAAAAGAAAAGAAAAUUCGUAAAUCUUAUCUCUGUUUGCAUUUCUCUAAAACUUCGAUCGAAUCAAUGCCGUUUUCUACUGUAGUGGACAACACAAAAUAGAGAUGUAUAACUUUGUAGGAUCCUUUGAACUUUUCUGUCGAUAUUGCCUAAAAACACUGUUUAUGAAGCAGUCCACUAAAUUUUCUCAGAUAGAUAUCUUAUCCCCAUGAAAAGAUCAAGACCAGCAUAAUAUUCGUCUAUUCAUACUGCCAUUUUUCAUAUUUUUAAAGCUAAUGGCUAGGCGUUAAUUGACGGCUAUUUUUGACGGCUAGCGGUAAACAAGCAUAUAAUACUUCCACUCUUCCACAGAAUGGAAUAUCUCGAUUUCAAUUGCUUGAAACCAUCGUCAACAGAUCGCUAUAAACAGCGCCCACUACUGCAAAUGAAUUAGGUUAAGGAGAAAAGUCGAUUCAAUGCUCAAUGCAUUUCAUCAGUUUGCUUAAUAUAGGUUUAACUAAUCUUCCAUUUUCGGUAUGAGAUGUAAUUAUGAAGGUGUUGUUAUGCAACAGUAUGAAGACGAUAAUAGAAUGGCUGAAAUGAUAAUCUGUUUACGGUCAAAACUAGACAUCCGUAAAGUUUAUCUAUAAAUCUCUACUAUCAACGUGAAAUUUGGAGAUUUUAAAGAAGAGAGAUAUAAAUGAUCUGCAUUUAUGUGCUUGUUUGAAGGAUACAGUUAGUACAAUUUUAAUCGUGGCUAUCAAAAGUUUCUAAAACUACUGUCGAGUUGAUAUGAUUUUCUGAGAAAAAUAGAAUGGAAAUGUGUGUACUAAAAUGGAAUGUGUUGUGUAUCGUUAUAUACCUUGUUUUCUGAUUAAGAAAGGUCUAUUUUGCACUAGAGCGCAUUAUCUAUUGAACGUUUUAAGAUUUUUUUUGUAAAUUCACCUUUUAGAGUGUGCAUUUAUUUUAUUGACUAAUUAUGUUAGACACUGGAUUAGAUGAGCGGCGACAAGACUUAUUUCAAACAAGUUCAGGUGUUGGGCAUCAAUAUCGACCAGGCUAUUAUUUUCCUAGUUCAAAUUUCAAGCGUGUUCUUACGGAUCCUUUGCCGCCAAAAUUAAAUUGUGCUGAUGAAAUUAUACCGGAACAACAUUUCAAAAGUACAAAUAGUGUUUAUUUCGAUAAUAAAUAUCCACAACAAGAAAUUUACAAUGAUCAAAUUCAUCAUCACAAAAAAGCACCGGCUCAUUGGAAAGUGAAUUAUAUGACAGAUUUUGUCGAAAAGGCUCACGGAUGGAAUCGUUCAUUAACAAUGGGAAAUCAAAAGAGUGAAUAUAAACAAGAGUUUGAUGCAAAAGAAAACAUGAAAUAUGAGCUUGAUCGAAUCGAUCGGCAAUUACCAUAUUUGACAGAUAAAACUCAACCAGUGACAAAAGUUUUACUUGAAGAUGAAAAAAUAAGAAGAGCAAUACCACGGAAUUGGGAUCCUAGUGAGCAAGGUGUUUUUAAUUUACUUGAUCCCUAUUUGACCACUUAUAAUAAAGAACACCGUCGAUGGAGAAAAGACGAAUGGGAAGGAAUAGCAAAAAAAGAUCCGGUUACUUUCUGGGACACUGAAGAAUAUGCAAAAGCACAAGGAUUUGGCAAUACACCAAAUCAUCUACCGAUCGAUAGUGUUGAUCGUGAACAACUACCAAUGCAAGAUUCUGCAUGGUUUUCACAAUCGGCCAAAAUUCGUCAGAUACACGAACCACAACGUUUCAUUCCACAUAGUGGAUUAACCACAGAAACAAGCGAACAAUUCGUUACACCAAGUCAUGUAAAUGCAAAUGAAAUAAAAUAUUGUCCCUUGGUAACUCCCUUCGUGCAACCCUAUCCUUCUUCACCCUCUGCCUAUUGUGCACCUGACAUGUAUAAAAAAGAAUCAAUGAACAUCGGCAGUGACAAGCCGGUUACAGUGACAAGAUGA